AUGGAGGUCUUCCUCCUCGUGUCGGCCCUCGUGGGCUUCCUGGUACUAAUCUACCGAUAUGCCACCGCUUAUGCGGAUUACUUCGACCAGCGUGGCAUCAAAUACCGGAAACCGACCUUCCUGCUCGGUAACCUGGGUCCAAUCAUAUUUCAACGGACCACCCCGACUGCCAAUCUGACGGAACUCUACCGGCAAUUUUCGGGCGAGAAGGCGUACGGAUUCUUCGAGUUUCGUCGUCCGACGAUUAUUUUGCGUGAUCUGGAGCUAAUCAAGCGGGUAUUUAUCAAAGAUUUCGACCACUUUGUCAACCAUACGGCACCGAUUGACGAACAGAUGGAUUCGAUUCUGGGCAACGGGUUGAUUUCGCUGAAGGGGCAAAAGUGGAAAGAUAUGCGAACGAUGCUGAGUCCAAUGUUUACCGGGAACAAGAUAAGGCAUAUGGUGCCGUUGGUGGGGAAGUGCGCGGAAGAUUUGUGUCGGUUUGUGGACAAGAAACAGAAGGUUGGUGGUGAGAUGGUGGAAUGGGACGUGAGGGAACUGUUGGCGAAGUGUUUGGUUGAAGUGAUUGGUUCGUGUGCCUUCGGGAUCGAAGUGGAUUCGUUCGAUGAUCCGGACAAUGAGUUUGACCGGGCGGCGAAGUAUCUGAUGAGUCAGUCGGAUAUUCGAAAGGUGGUGCGGUUCUUGCUGAUAAUGGUACUGCCGAAGGUUUGCAAAUUGUUUGGCAUGGAACUGUUCGACGAGAAGUAUAAGCGACUGUUUCGUCGAUUAGUUAGCGAAACAAUGAAGGCUCGCGAACGAGAUGGGACCAGUCGACCAGAUUUGGUGCAGUUGCUGAUGCAAGCCAAACGUGGCAAGCUGUCGGUGGAGAAUGACACCGCGGAAGAUUCCUUUUCAGCGGCAAAGGAUCAUUUUGAGUCUGGCUCAGGCACUGCCAAAUCUAAUUGGAGCGACGAAGAGUUGACGGCGCAAGCCGUACUGUUCUUUGCUGCCGGUUUCGAUACCACUUCAACACUGCUUAGUUUCACAUUGGUAGAACUUGCCCUAAGCCCGGAAAUACAAGAUCGAUUGAUCGCUGAAAUCGAUUCCGUUGAUGAACCAUUCACGGAAGUAACCUACGAGCAGAUCCAAAAGCUUCGCUACUUGGACGCAGUAAUAUCCGAGUCCCUAAGAAAAUGGCCACCACUACCGGCUACCGAUCGAAAAUGCGUUAAAGAUUACGUACUGAACAAUCCAGAAGAUGAUAGUCCAAUGUUCGAAAUCGAGCAAGAUCGAACAGUGUGGAUCCCAAUCUACUGUUUCCACCACGAUCCGAAGUAUUUCCCAAAUCCUGAACGAUUUGACCCAGAGCGCUUCAACGACAGCAAUCGACAGCAGCUGAAUCAGGCAGCCUACAUGCCGUUCGGUGUUGGACCUCGGAACUGCAUCGGUUCCCGUUUCGCACUGAUGUCAGCCAAGAUGAUUCUCUUCCGAUUGCUUCAGAGCUACCGAGUGGAUGUCUGUCCGAAAACUGAUACCAAGAUGGAACUUUCCAAAACCAAAAUGAAUAUGACGAUGGACAAGGGUCAUUGGGUUUACUUGCAAAACAGAAAGUGAAAAUUUUUGA